AUGAAAUCUUGCUUCACGGUGUCCCUCUCUCUCUACUUCUUCUUCUUCUUCUUCAAAACUUUCAGUACUGGACUGUCGCCCGAAUUGCUGGAUUAUGAAUGCCCAAACACCACCCUCUUCACUCCCAACUCCACCUACCAGUCCAACCUCAACACCCUCCUCUCUUCCCUCUCCUCCGCCGCCACCAACAACAGCGAUGGCUUUGCCAACGCCACUGCCGGAAAAAACCUUCCUGACCAGGCCUACGGGCUCUUCCUCUGCCGCAGUGACGUCAGCACCGCCACGUGCAGCGACUGCGUCGCCACUGGAAAACGGGAUAUCCGCCAGGUAUGCCCCGACCAGCGAGUCUCUGUGAUCUGGUACGAAAAGUGCAUGCUGAGGUACUCGAACAAGUCCAUCUUCUCCGUCAUGGAAGUGACGCCUUCCUUCACGCUGCUCAACCUCUGGAACAUCUCUGAACGGGCCAGGUUCAGGCAAGCACUUGGAAGGAGCAUCAGGGACAUCGCCUAUAGGGCUUCAGGCAGCGCGUCGGGGAAGAAAUUCGCGGAGGCAGAGAUGAAGUUCACGAGCUCUCAGACGCUGUACAUGAUGGCGCAGUGCACGCCGGACUUGAUGGAGUGGGAGUGUAACAGAUGCCUCCUGUCGGCGAUUGAUAUUCUCGAGGGGAAGCAAGGAGCGAGGACAUUGACCCCGAGCUGCAACGUGAGGUACGAGUUGUACCCCUUUUACAACGUCACCGCCGUGAGGGCACCACCUCCUCCUCCGCUCACGACAUCUGAAGGCCCCCUUCCGCCUCCCCUUCCUUCUCCCGUGACAACACCUAAAGGUAUUAGACCGGAAGUGAUUGGCAAAAGCAAUAAAACUAUUGUGAUAAUCGUCGCUGUCGCCGUUCCUAUUGGCGUAGGCGUGGUGCUUCUCUUCCUCGCUUGUUGUUUCAAGCGGAGGAAAGCGACCAAGACGUAUGAAGUCGUCCAAGGAGAUCAAAGCGGCGUAAAUAAAAUUACAAAUGCCGAGUCUUUACAGUAUGAUUUAACCACCAUACAAGCCACCACAAACAAUUUCUCGCAUGAAAACAAGUUGGGUAAGGGCAGAUUCGGUGAAGUUUUUCAUCUUCUCAAUGGACAACAAAUAGCGGUGAAGAGACUAUCUCGAAGCUUAGGACAAGGUGCUGAAGAAUUCAAGAAUGAAGUGAUAUUGGUAGUGAAGCUUCAACAUCGAAACCUCAUUCGUCUUCUCAGGUUCUGCUUGGAGGGUGAAGAAAAACUGCUUGUAUAUGAGUUUGUGCCAAACAAAAGUCUCGACUACUUUUUAUUUGAUCCUAAAAAGAGCGGGCAAUUAGAUUGGUCAAGACGUUACAAAAUAGUGUUUGGAAUUGCUCGAGGAAUGCUCUAUUUACACGAGGACUCUCAACUUAGGAUCAUUCAUGAGGAUCUAAAAUCAAGCAAUAUCUUGUUGGAUAGUGAUACGAACCCUAAGAUUUUAGAUUUCGGCAUGGCAAGGAUUUUUGGAGUCAAUCAAACACGGGCAAACACCAAUAAAAUUGUUGGGACUUUCGGUUACAUGUCACAUGAGUAUGCAAUGGAUGGGCAAUUCUCCGUGAAGUUCAAUGUCUAUAGUUUUGGUGUCCUACUUCUAGAACUCAUUAGCGGUAAGAAGAACAAUGUCUUCUACCAAGUAGACGGGGGCAAAGAUCUCGCUGGCUAUGUUUGGAAAAAUUGGAGAGAUGGUAAGUCGUUGGAAGUGUUAGAUCCGGCUAUUGGAGACUCGUUUUUAAGGAAUGAAGUCCUUAGAUGCCUCCACAUUGGUUUACUUUGCGUUCAGGAAGAUCCAUUUGAUAGACCGUCAAUGGCAAACAUAGUCUUGAUGUGGAGCAGCUACUCCGUUACUCUUGCACUGCCCCAACAACCAGCCUUCUUCCUCCGGAGCAGGAUCGAGAGGUCAAUGAAAGAGCUUGAAUCGGACCAAUCCACCAGCAGGUCUAUACCAUUGUUGAUCAAUGAGAUAUCAAUCACCGCAGUUUACCUCCGGUGA